UAUACUACUUGUCUGCAGCCACUCUAUAUAUUGCUAUGAGAACAGAAACACACACACACAAAAGAAAGGGGAAAAAAAUAACCCCUCAUAAACAAGCUACAUAGAAAGGAGAAACAUGCUUUUAAUUAUCAUGUGUCUCUUUACUUUACCUUUUACAACAAGAUCUUUAGUAACUCUUCGAGGUUCCAACUCAAGUAGUAUGAGCAACAUAUCAAAACCCAACUGUUCAUCCAAGUGCGGGGAUGUUACAGUUCCUUACCCUUUUGGUAUUGGCAAUGAUACAGGUUGUUCCCUAGACGACACAUUCAUCUUGAUUUGUGACACGCUCGAAAACCCCCCUAAGUUAUUGCUACAAUCAAGCACAAGCAACAUUGAAAUAUACAACAUUUCGGAUUCAGAGUUGCGCAUUAAUACUGGAGUUACCUAUAAAUGCUACGCGAAUAAUGGAACUGUAAUUGAUGAAUUUAAUUAUUGGACUAACUUAGCGUUAGAGCCAUACACUUUCUCUGAGAAGAAUACAUUCACGGUCAUUGGGUGCGAUGAUUAUGCUUUGAUCACAGGGGUAGAUGACGACUAUUCCAGCGGUUGUAUUGGAAUAUGCAGUGGACCAGUGCGUGUACUGGAUGGGCGUUGUUCUGGGGAAGGCUGUUGUCAGACAUCUAUAAGAAAAGGUCUCAAAUAUUACAAUGUUACACUCAACUCGUUUAGGAACCACAUGGAUAUUUGGUCCAUCAAUAACUGUGGCUAUGCGUUCCUUGGUGACGUAGGCACUUUUAAGUUUCUUGGUGCCAGUGAUUUAUCUAGUACUUCAGGCUUAUACAAGAGAGCCAAUGCGGCUGUUCAAGUUGUGAUCGAUUGGGUUAUCAGACGCGACCAAAAUUGUACUCAGGCUACGGAAUGCAAAGAGAACAGUCAGUGCUAUGAUGUAGAUGGUGGUGGCUAUCGAUGUAAAUGCGACAAAGGCUACGAGGGUAACCCGUAUCUUGAUCAAGGCUGCCAAGACAUCAACGAGUGUGCAGAUCCAGGAACAUACCCUUGUUAUGGUAUUUGCAAUAAUACUCUAGGGAGCUAUAAUUGUACUUGUCAACCGGGAACUGUUGGUAAUGCAACAACACAGAAUGAUUGUCAAGCUGUGGAAGCUUCUUCUAAAGCUUCUAAGUUUUCUUGGACCAUAUUCGUUAUAGCAAUGGUGUUAGGCCUCUUUGGAAUAUCAUUAGGAAUGGUACUUUUCUUUGGUAGAAGAAGAAGGAAGCUAUCGAAGCUCCGAGAAAAGUUCUUUGAGCAAAACGGGGGUGUGUUAUUAAAACAAAAGCUCAAUUCACAGGGAGGUUCUCAUGAGGUAAUAGCUUUGUUUAGCACUCAACAACUGCGAAAAGCCACAAAUAAUUACUCUCAAGACCAAGUUAUUGGACGAGGUGCAUAUGGCGUAGUGUACAAAGGAGUUUUAUGUGAUGGACGUUUAGUUGCGAUAAAGAAAUCUAAACUGGUGGAUGAUGGUGGCCAAGCAGAGCAAUUCAUCAAUGAAAUUAUGAUAGUUACCCAAGUCAUCCAUCGAAAUGUGGUCAAGCUUUUGGGGUGUUGCUUGGAAGAGGAAGUCCCUGUACUAGUUUAUGAAUUCAUCUCCAACAACACUCUUUUCCAUCAUCUUCACCAUAAAUCCGGCGGAAUAGGUUGGUUAUCUUGGGAUAAUCGAUUGAGGGUAGCUAUUGAAGCUGCUGGUGCACUUGCAUACCUUCAUUCAGAAACUAUUAUGCCAAUCAUCCAUAGGGAUGUCAAGUCAACCAACAUACUAAUAGAUGAAAACUACACGGCCAAAAUUUCAGAUUUUGGUGCAUCAAGAUUAGUCCCAUUAGAUCACGAUCAAGUGACCACACUUAUUCAAGGUACGCUUGGGUAUUUGGACCCAGAAUACUUCAAUACAAGUCAACUAACAGAAAAAAGCGACGUUUAUAGCUUUGGAGUGGUCCUUACAGAACUCAUAACCGGGAAAAAGCCCAUUGGUGUUGACAGGACCAAUACUGAAAAGAACUUAGCCACAUACUUUGUCAAUUCAGUUGAGGAAAACCGCUUAUUUGAAAUUGUUGAACCAAGACUCUUACGUGAAGGGACUCUUGAGCAGUUACAAGCGAUAGGUAAUCUGGUAAAGAGAUGUCUUACUUCAAAAGGCCGUGACAGACCUACAAUGAAAGAAGUAGCGGUGGAGCUAGAAGGCAUGAGGAAGUUACCUCACCAUUGGAUUCAGCAGCAAAUAUGUGAAGAGACUCGGAGCUUAGUGCUAGAAGUCGAGCAAUCUGAUCUUUACGAUGUCCCAUUAGUUUCAUACUCUACUAAUGAAUGGGAAGCUUAACCAGGUAGCUCAGACUUGGCCUUUGGAGAAAACAAACCACGUUAAACAUCGAUGUUUCUUAUGGUGUCAACUGUUUGAGCAUUGCAACCAGGAUCGCACAAAAAAUAGCUAAUAAGGUUAUAGUUGUGUUCUCAGUGUUCAUCUAGUUUGCAAUUGUUUUAAGCCUACUUGGAGUUUACGAGAUGGCAUAGAAAAUUUGCUUUAUAACUUUGUAAUAGUUUCUAAAGUUUCUAAAUCUAUAUGAAAAUAUCUACAGGUUUUAAAAA